AUGUUCCCCAGCAACACCAUCCCACCAGCCACCUCAGCCGGUGAGGAGACCUUCAUGGUGACCACAGCCACCACAGCCACCAGCACCAUCAGUACCCUGUCCCCCGCUGUAACGCACAGCGAGGCAGGAGGAGGCAGCACCACAGCCACCACCGAUGGCAGCAAUGCGGCCACGACUGAAGGCAGCGCCACGGACAUCACUGAAGGCAGUACUGUGGCCAUCACCGAAGGUAGCACUGCAGCCACCACCGCGGGCAGCACCGUGGCCAUCACCAAAGGCAGCAACAUGUCCAUCACUGCAGGCAGCACCAGAGCCAGCAAUGCAGGCAGUACCGUGACCAUCACCGAAGGCAGCACCACGGCCAUCACCAAAGGCAGCACUGUGGCCAUCACUGCGGGCAGCACAGUGGCCAUCACCGAAGGCAGCACUGUGGCCAUCACUGAAGGCAACAACAUGGUCAUCACCGCAGGCAGUACUGCGGUCACCACCGAAGGCAGCAACACAGCCACCACAGAAGGCAGCACCAUGGCCAUCACGGCAGGCAGCAACAUGGCCAUCACCGAAGGCAGCACUGUGGCCAUCACUGCAGGCAGCACCACAGCCAUCACCGCAGGCAGAAACACGGCCAUCACCGAAGGCAGCACUGUGGCCAUCACUGCAGGCAGCACCACAGCCAUCACCGAAGGCAGCACUAGAGCUGGUACUGCAGGCAGCACUGCGACCACCACUGCAGGCAGCACCACAGCCAUCACUGCGGGUAGCACCACGAUCAUCACCACAGGCAGCACUGCAGCUGUCACCGAAGACAGCACCGCAGCCAUCACCGUGGGUAAAACCAUGGCCAUCACCGCAGGCAGCACCACGGCCACCACCGCAGGCAGCAGCACGGCCAUCACCGAAGGCAGCACCUUGACCACCACCACAGGCAGCACCGCGACCAUCGCUGAAGGCAGCACUGUGGCCAUCACCGCAGGAAGGAUGGAGCAGACAUUAAUGUUUCUUACCUUUUUGAUUAAUCUCCUGCCCGUGUCAGUGCCAGCAGCCUCACUUUACCCCUUUGGCAUGGAGGAAGGGGACCGAGAGUGCGUCCAGAGGAUGGUGGAUUUUAACUCCCCCCUGUUCAAGCCAGAGAUUGGGUUCCCCUUCGGGAAGUCACUGCGGGAUGCCCUCUACUUUACAGAUAAUGGACAGAUCAUUUUCCCACCCACGGACAACUAUGUUCCCUCCAACCCCAACCCACCUCCCCGGGGCUUCAGCGGCCAGGAGAGUUUGCCGAUGGUGGCCGCCUUUUGGAACGAUGCCGAUUUCUCCCAGGGUGUUGGCACCACCUGGUACCAGGAGUACUCCACCCUCAGCUCUACCCAAGACCCCCUUGUCCAUGACGUGGAAGCAAAGAUUGAGAAAUACCUGCAAAUCCCCUAUGAAGCAAAAUGGACCUUGAAGGUGACAUGGGAGAAGGCUCCGGCAUACCCGUCCCGGGGGUGCCUUGGGUUUCUCCAGACGAGCACCUACCAGGCAGUCCUCACCACCGAUGGGAACCGUUCCUUCGCCUUGCUGCUCUACCAGGACGGUGGGAUGCGAUGGGACUAUGCCAAGCUUGCUGUGGGCAACGUGCUGAUCGGCUUCUCCAGCGGUGAUGGCUAUGCCCAAAAUAAUGAGCUGACUCAAAAGCCACCAGCUGUCAAGUACCGACCUGACCAGCACAGCAGCACUGGCAUUGGCCCGACAGACACCUCUGUGAGGGUGCUGCGCACUGUGUCCCCCAGCCCGGACGGAGCCGGGGUGCGGUGUCUGUACCAAGAUGGGAGCUUGCUCGAAGGCUGGCAGGAGAGAGCGUGGAGCCUCCCUGUCCACCCGGCUGCUGAUGAGGAGCUGGAGGCAUUCGACUGGUGCUGCCGGCGCGUGGAGAAGCCCCUGUUCUGCACCAGGUUUGCCGAGAAGAGACCAAGGGUGGGCUGUGAGGGAUACAUGCCACCCACUCCUGCUGGUGCCUUUGGGGACCCUCACAUCACCACCCUGGAUGGACUCACCUACACCUUCAAUGGGCUCGGGGACUUUGUCCUGCUGCUGGCCAGCAAUGCCCAGACCAGCUUUAUGCUGCAUGGACGCACGGCCCGGACCGGUACAGCCCAGGCCACCAACUUUGUGGCCUUUGCUGCCCAGUACAUCUCCACCACCACCACAACAGUUGAGUGGACCUUGGGGAGCCAGGAUGACAUCCAAGUCCUCCUGAAUAAUGAAACCAUCCAGUUUUCCUAUUCCCAAGACAUGGGUGCUGAAGUGUACUACAGCCCCAGUCUCCUGCUGGUCAACGCCUCCUCCAUCACAGCCAUCUUCGAUGGGGCCAUCGCCACCUCCAUCUCAGCUGCCUCCGGGAUCCUCAGUGUGAUCUGCAGCCUGCCUGAUCAGUACCACAACAGCACCAAAGGCCUCCUGGGUGUGUGGGACCAUGACCCUGCAGAUGACUUCCAGAUGCCAAAUGGUACCAGCAUCCCUGUGAACAGCAGCGAGGAGGAGAUCUACAACUACGGGAUGACCUGGGCUGUUGGAGGGCACAGCCUGUUUGCUCAGCCUCUGGACUCACUGGUAAUGAACUUCACACCCACCUUCUUGUCUCAGCUGCGGCAGGAGAAUGAAAGCCAGUACCAGCUGGCAGCCUCGCAGUGCCGUGGCAGCAAGGAGUGCAUCUACGAUUCGCUGAGCACAGGGGACAUGGCCCUGGGCCUGGCCACCCAGAGCCUCACGGCCGACUUCCAGCAGAAGAAGACAGUGCUCAACACCUUCCCUCCCAUCAUCAUCGGUGACGCGUCGCUCACGGCCUUCAGGACAGAAAGGGUCAGGAGGCAGUACCGUGCCGUGGGAGUGGGUGCACGCUUUGUCCCCCACCUCUCACCGGAGCUCAACAUAUCGGGUAAGGAAGGGAAGAUGGGAGAGAGGCGGGAGCCCCGCGGGACAGCCCCCCGCACCAUCAACCUGGAGGCUGUCGGCUCCAACAACCUCUCUGCCCUCCUCCAGCUCCGCUUCACCCUUUGCAGCUGCAGCAGGAGCCAGGAGUGCGACUACAGCGACACUGUCACCCUCGGGGGGUCCUCCCUGCAGGUCUCAGCCAUCCUGGGCUCCCUGGAGGUAAAGGCUUUCCAGAGCAACACCAACAUCACCCAGACGACAGACGGCAAUGGCUUCACCUUCGCGGGGGAGCUGCUGGGGGCCAUCACCAGCGCCUUCAACGGGCAGCGGGAGCGGCGGGAGGUGGGCACACACCUCCUCUUCCAGCACCUGCACCGGGACAACGUCACCGACCUGGUGAAGCUGACAGUGGCUGAGCUGAGGUACUAUUUCCCCUGCGAUCUGUAUGGCUACAAAGGCUACCAUCUCCACUACACGGGGACCGUCGGCUUCAUCUGCAUCUCCCCUUGCAAGACGGGCUACUGCCUGCAUGGCGGCCGGUGCCAGCACCUGCCCGAGGGGCCCACAUGCAGCUGCCUCCCCUUCUCCAUCUUCUUCCCCACCGGCGCCCAGUGUGAGCAACUGGCCAUCAGCCUCGCCGCCUUCCUCGGCAUCUUGCUGGGAGCCCUGGCUCUGCUCUGCCUCCUGCUCACCACCACCUGCCUGGUCUUGCACCUCUGCCGCCGGCACCGCCGCCAGCACGGGGGGUGA